UCACGCAACGCUCCUCCCCACGAACGGCUGCUUCUUUUUGAACUGCAUUCCUUUCCCUUUGUUGGUCUAAGAGAAGACUAACCAAUCAGAUCCCAAUGCUUGUUUUCAAUUGAACCAAUCAAAAGUCAGCUAAAUAUUUUCCCGCGAAGAAACUUGACAUGUGUUAACUGGAAUAUUCAGACCAGAGGAAUUUUGUGGUAGUCUUUAAAAAUGGAAACUCCAAAGAAAGUCGUAGAGGCUGCAGAUCGCUGCUUUAUUUGUGCUACAGUUGUACCAAAGAAACAUAAGUUGUAUAUUUUCGGAAAAUCGUCGAUUGACUUUUGCGAAAUUAUCAACUCCGCACUAAAUGUGAAUGUGCAAAAUUACUCAGCAAGCGACCAGUUAUUCAUCUGCAGAGCGCAGUGCUACCAAAGAUUGACAAAAUUUAAGCGUGCAAUAGACAAUCUUAACAAGGCUAAAGUUGAAUUAGAGGAGGUUUUUAAAGUGAACGUUCAUCGCACGAAGAGACUGAGAUGUCAAGAGGAGGAAGGGGAAGACAUCGAGAAAGAGAUGGAUGGACAGCUAGGACAAUCUGCCAGUGGAAAAGUCGUAAAAGUACUCAACUUUUCCACUGACGCUACCACUUUUACUUCUUCGCCCGGAGUUUCACCCUUCGUCUCAUCAGAUAACCAGCAUUGCGCCUGGAAAUUCCCAUCGCCAAAUCAGAGCGGUGGCGAAUUGCUCAAAUGCACGUUUAUGAAUACCAUCGCUCAUAGUCACAAAGUUGUCACCUCCACUCCGAGAAAGUCACCAAGAAACUGUGAAGGGAAUGGGGAAACUUCUUGCGUAAAGCUGUCAAUCAGUUAUCCCAGUAAAAAUGUGAAUAAAUCACUUCAUGGUGGUUAUCAACUGAUUGGAAAGGCACUAGUUCACGGCAUACCCUCUAGAGUCGCUUGUGCUGUCAUGAACUGUCAACCCGUUCGCAAGCACAUUCUAGAAAAAACAUUGGGGUCUUUAAGGAGAGAAGUUUUGGGGCUUUGCUCGAAAAAGAAUCCUUCGUUACUUCGAAAGUCUAACAAGGAUGGCCUAACAGAAUUCGAUCUGAAGCGCGUGUGUGAAGAAUGGAAAGUCAGAGCUCCAUUAUUUUAUUCAUUUUUGAUGAUUUCCGCCACCAAUAAAAGAACAAAGGCUUCUUCGUGGUUUGGGAGCGUUGCUGUGGCUGGGUCGGUACUUCUCAAGCAAAGAAGUGAGAAAAUGGAUGCCACUUCUUCCGUUCUUGGUAUUAUGUUGAAAACUAAGUCAAUCGAGGCAUCCAUCUCCAGGCUGAACAAGCUGAAAUUAACUAAUUCAAAUAGUAACAUUCUCAAGAAACUCGAUACUCUUGGAAAAGAUCAUGAUGCUCGUCUCACUAAAACAAAGCAGAGGAUUACCAAAGAGAAUAGUAUAUUAAUGGAUGCCAAAGAAAAGUGUGAUAGUAUGGCAAAUAGUCACAGUACCCAUGCUGCCUGUUCAGCCUCGUGCCAGAAGGAGGUUGAUGCCGCGAGGAAGGAGGUUGAUGAGUUGAAGAAGGCAUGUCAUCCUGGCUUUGUUAUUUCCUUUGAUAACAUUGAUGUCCAUGUGCAACGUCGAAAUAUGACAAUGGACUCACAAAACCAUGACUUCCAUUGGAUAAAUCAUCAAAUGAUCGAAAACAGGGUGUCAGGUGCAACGUUGAAUUCUACUGAGCCUAAAAACUACCUGCCAAAUGUCUCCAAUCUUCAGUUCAUUCCAACACUUGAAGAUCAACAACGUUGA